UGAGAGGUUGUGACGGGAUAACUCCGAGAAAAAAAAAGGAAUACAAGAGGACAUGCUGUGCUUGGCCUCGUCGCCGCCUCCUCCCGCCGGCGGGCAUGCCGCCGCCGACCACCACGCGCGCCUGAGGUCCGCGGCCGCGCGCUCCGACCUGCCGGGCGCGCUCGCCGCCUUCGCCGCCAUGUCCACCUCCGCGUCCGCCAGCCCCGUCCUCCGCACCUUCACUUCCCUCCUCAAGCUCUGCGCGGCGCGCGCCGACCUCGCGACCGGCCGCGCCGUCCACGCGCAGCUCGCCGCGCGGGGGCUCUCCGCGGAGUCCCUCGCCGCCACGGCGCUGGCCAACAUGUACGCCAAGUGCCGCCGGCCGGGCGACGCGCGCAGGGUGUUCGACCGUAUGCCCGUGCGGGACCGCGUCGCCUGGAACGCGCUCGUGGCCGGGUACGCGCGGAACGGGCUCGCCGGGGCCGCCAUGGAGAUGGUCGUCCGGAUGCAGGAGGAGGAGGGGGAGCGGCCCGACUCCGUCACGCUCGUGUCUGUGCUGCCCGCCUGCGCCGACGCCCAGGCGCUCGGGGCCUGCCGCGAGGUGCACGGGUUCGCGGUCCGCGCUGGCUUCGACGAGCUCGUCAAUGUCUCCACGGCGAUCCUUGACGUGUACUGCAAGUGCGGGGCGGUUGAGGUUGCCAGGGCUGUCUUUGAUCGGAUGGCGGAUAAGAACUCUGUUUCUUGGAAUGCCAUGAUCAAGGGGUAUGCUGAGAAUGGGGAUGCUACUGAGGCUCUCGCGCUGUUCAAGAGGAUGGUGGGGGAGGGCGUUGAUGUGACGGAUGUAUCUGUGCUGGCAGCAUUGCACGCCUGUGGUGAGCUUGGGUAUCUUGAUGAGGGGAGACGUGUCCAUGAGCUACUCAUGAGAAUUGGGCUGGAGUCAAAUGUGUCGGUGAUGAAUGCGCUGAUCACCAUGUACUCCAAGUGCAAGAGGACCGACCUCGCUGCCCAGGUUUUCGAUGAGGUGCGCUACAAGACACGGAUCUCCUGGAACGCCAUGAUCCUCGGGUGCACACAGAAUGGAAGGUCAGAAGAUGCAGUCAGGCUCUUCUCUAGGAUGCAGCUGAAAAAUGUGAAGCCUGAUUCGUUCACUCUCGUCAGUGUCAUUCCUGCACUUGCCGACAUCUCAGAUCCACUGCAGGCAAGAUGGAUCCAUGGUUACUCUAUCAGGAUGCACCUAGAUCAGGAUGUGUAUGUUCUGACAGCCCUUAUUGACAUGUACGCAAAAUGCGGCCGUGUCAGUAUAGCUAGAAGUCUCUUCAACUCAGCAAGGGAGAGGCAUGUUAUCACAUGGAAUGCGAUGAUCCAUGGGUACGGCUCACAUGGUUUUGGCAAGGUUGCAGUUGAGCUGUUUGAAGAGAUGAAAAGUUCUGGCAGAGUGCCCAACGAGACGACAUUCCUUUCGGUCCUCUCGGCAUGCAGUCAUGCUGGUUUGGUUGAUGAAGGGCGGAAAUAUUUUUCGAGCAUGAAGGAGGACUAUGGGCUUGAACCUGGGAUGGAGCACUAUGGUACCAUCGUGGAUCUUCUUGGCCGAGCUGGGAAGCUAGAUGAAGCAUGGUCUUUUAUCCAAAAGAUGCCUACGGAUCCUGGCAUUAGUGUUUACGGUGCAAUGUUAGGCGCUUGCAAGUUGCACAAGAAUGUGGAAUUGGCAGAAGAAUCAGCGCAGAGGAUCUUUGAGCUAGGGCCAGAUGAAGGUGUGUAUCAUGUCCUCCUAGCUAACAUUUAUGCAAAUGCUUCAAUGUGGAAGGAUGUUGCAAGGGUUAGAACUGCUAUGGAGAAGAAAGGCCUCCAAAAGACUCCUGGAUGGAGUAUUGUGCAGCUCAAGAAUGAGAUUCAUACCUUCUAUUCUGGAAGCACAAAUCACCAGCAGGCAAAGGACGUUUAUGCAAGGUUGGCUAAGCUAAUAGAAGAGAUCAAAGCUGUGGGGUAUAUGCCGGACACUGAUUCUAUACAUGAUGUAGAAGAUGAUGUCAAGGCACAGUUACUCAACACCCACAGCGAGAAACUUGCCAUUGCAUAUGGACUCAUCCGCACAUCCCCUGGUACAACAAUUCAGAUAAAGAAGAACCUCCGCGUCUGUAACGACUGUCACAAUGCAACCAAGUUAAUAUCUCUGGUGACAGGACGGGAAAUAAUCAUGAGAGAUAUUCAACGAUUUCACCAUUUUAAGGAUGGUAAAUGUUCAUGUGGAGACUACUGGUAGUGAAGUGUUGAAGGCAGUCUGAAUAUGGAUUUUGAGAUGAUAAAACUUGGCACAGCUACUAUACAACAAUGAACUCCACUGCCACUUUGAGUGCAUUAAUAGAUGCCAGGUUCAUCAGGCUUGUUGAUGACCAUGUUGGUUCCCCUCCAGCCAGAUCCGAUACUCCCCGGAACACAAUCACAGCGCAAUAAAUUUUGUGUCCUCGCAAGGAAACUGGAUUUAAAGAUGACCAGAUUCCAGUUUUUAUCUGUAUCUGCAGUUCUGCACUCACCAGUAUUGCAACAUGAAAUGGGGAAUUAAAGCUAAUUACAGUAGGAGGGUACCUUCCAUGUCCAAGCGCCUGUAUAAGCAACUAACUUGGGGACACUGACAUCUCCAAAUGACAUUGAAUCAUUAGAGCUGCCUGCUGUGCCAUAAUGGACAAUACCAGACACGGUAAAGACAUCGAGGAGAGUUUGUACAGUGACAGCUGCAUUCAACUGGAAUAACAAAGAAACAGUGGUUACGGGUAAGCAUAGUGCAAUUCGUAUUUGAAUUCCUACGAUGUUGCUUUACUGCCUACAAGUAUUUUUUUUUCCUUGAUUUCCUUUUAUAAAUGAAAAGGAGCUCCUCCAUAUAACAGCAGGAGUGAUAAAUGCAGAAGUUCAGGUUUUAGUACCCUGCGUUGUCCUGUCAAUGCGUAUAUAACAUUCACACCUCGAAUACUCCCGAUGUGAAACCUCCGUCCUGAAAUAAUAUGAGGUGAGACUACUCAUGAGGCCAUAGGAAGAUAAAUACAUACAUGCAUUAAAGACUGAAAUACUUAGUCAUGGAGCUUGAAUGAGAGCUCAGUCCUAUCAGGAGAAUAGCAAAAUCAGUUAACAUGUAAAAAGGAAUACGGUACAGCGGAGAACUUGUUUCUGAUUGUAUCUUCCUUUUCCAUUUUCUUUUUCUAAUGGAGUAUAUGUUAUCUUCUUGUCUGUCAUGUUUUCCUUCUAGUCGCUUUCUGGACACCCCCCCUCUCUCCAUAGGUGUUAUCCAAAAUGUGUGAAUGGGUCAAUCUGCAUUCAGGAAAGCCGAAAGCGAUUCGGAUCAGAAACGGGAGGCGGAGACUCACCGUAGAGGUCAACGAAAGGCUGGACACGCCAAGGCCUGAAGUAGCCGGAGGCCUGGAGCGCGGUGUCCUCGGCGACGUACGACAUGACGAGACCAAUGGACGGGCCGCGCCUGUUUGCCCUGUCGACCUGCUGCCGCACCUGGUCCAUCCCGGGCAGCGCCGGCAGGGCCGUCGUCGACGAGCUGGCCAGCAAGCAGAGCAGCAGGACCAGCGGCAGGCGGGAGAGCUCCAUGGCUAUGGCUGGCGUGGACAGGGAGCAAGCAAGCGAGCAAGGAGCAAACUCAGAAGCACAACGGUACAAGAGGAUGGGGCAGUUUAAUUAGCUCCGCUGGUCUCUGGUCCGCGAUGGCGACGGUGAUUGGGUUGGGUUGGUGGCGAAGGUGAUGAGCGUGCUCCCAUUUUUUAUACUCGGAUGUGAUUCGGGAUGUCUCUGUCAAAGGAUUUGGGCCACUAAGCAAAAUCACGUGUCCAGUGUUGUACUGGGAUAAGCAUGGGAAAACAGAGGAGGGUUAUUCGUUGUUUUUAAUUUGUUUUUGUUAUUUAUUUAUUUUAUUCUUUUGUCUUUGGGUACACACUGUUUAUCUCUGUUAGUGGAACUGGACUUGCCCUUGCUUAAGAAAAUAUAAAUAUUGCUGAAA